UCCUUAGGUCCGAUUACGAUUGUACACAGGCUUCCGCACACGUAAUACACAUACAUGAUACAGGGAAAAAGCAAAUGUUGGCCUAAUAAUCGCAUUUGGCGGCCUGAAGACCAGACAAGAUGGCAGAGCCAGAGGAACCACGGCAGGUUGCUCUCGGUCGCUGCUGCAAGUUCCACUGGCGGGGCAAGAUAGCUGUGAUCAUACCCAUCAUCACCUCGCCGAUCCUUGUCCUGGGUUUCGAGUACAACGCGUCUGAGUACAAGUGCUUGUACGUCAUAGUUACCAUGGCUCUGCUGUGGAUCACCGAAGCCCUGCCCAUCUACGUUACAGCACUGUUGCCCAUUGUGUUUUUACCAGUUCUUGGUCUUGUUGACACCGCAGUAGUGUGCAGUAUGUACUUCACCGACACCAUUGUCAUGUUCCUGGGAGGUCUCGUUAUGGCCUUGGCCAUAGAGUACUGUAACCUCCACACCAGAAUUGCCCUGAGGGUCAUCCGGAUUGUCGGUGGAAGUCCACGAAGAUUAUUCGUAGGACUCAUGAGUGUAAGCGUAUUCAUGGGUCUGUGGAUAUCGAACUCGGCUGGAACGGCCAUGAUGUGCCCCAUAGUCAAGGCGGUAAUAAAUGAAAUGGAUGUCAACAAUAUAUUUCCAAUAUAUAUGACACAAGAGGAAGAGCCGGUGGAGGAGGGAGACCCACCCCAUCCCUCGAAGGUAGCUAUUGCCUUCUAUGUGGGCGUGGCCUACGCCUCCACAAUUGGCGGUCUGGGAACCCUGAUUGGAACGGGGACGAACCUGGUCUUCAAGGGAAUCUACGAUCAACGGUUUCCCACUUCCACGGAGGAGAUCACAUUUGCCAACUUCAUGUUCUACUCGAUCCCCCUUCUGGUGGUGGUCAACAUAACGCUGGUAAUCCUCUCUUUUAUGAUAACCCACAUGGGCCUGUUUCGACCCAAAAGUGAAACCGGGCGGCGGAUUAAGGAGGCCAACGCAAACCGGAAAUUUAUGGAGGAAGUUCUUCGACAGCGUCAUAUUGAUCUGGGCCCAAUGAGCUGUCACGAGAUCCAAGUUGCCAUUCUGUUUGGUGUGAUGAUCCUUCUCCUAAUUACCCAUAGACCAGGCGUUUUUCCGGGCUGGAGCGAUUUGCUCAGCGCAAAGCAAGUAAAAAGUUCGGCUGGAUUGAUGUUUCUUAUUCUACUAAUGUUUGCCUUGCCCACUCAAUACACCUUCUUCAAGUACUGCUGCGGCAAAGCUCCUUUCCCCGGCCAGGCAUUAGAUGCCCUACUAGCUUGGAAGUUUGUGCACGAAAACGUGGCCUGGGGUCUAUUGUUCCUGCUGGGUGGGGGCUUCGCCUUGGCCGAGGCGAGUAAACGAAAUGGUGUGAAUAUAAUGAUUGCAAGGGCCAUGCAGUUCCUCACCGGAAUGCCUAGUAUUGUGGUGCAGAUAAUCACGAUUCUGCUGUCCAUGUUCUUCUCAGUCUUUAACUCCAACGUGGUGGUAGCGAACAUAGUAAUACCGAUCUUAAGCGAAAUGGCUCUCGUCGUGGAAAUCCAUCCCCUGAUCCUGACUUUGCCAUCUUGUCUGGUAAUCAGUAUGUGCUACUUCUUACCAGUGAGCUCGCCACCAAACGCCAUUGUUACAGGCUAUGCCCAUAUCAAGACGAAGUACUUGGCCUGUUGCGGCGUCUUACCCACAAUUAUUGGAUUCCUUCUGGUUAUCCUGAACACGAAUACAUGGGGAAUGCUAAUAUUUCCAGCAGCCAAUACCUUUCCGGACUGGGCUAAGGACAUUAAGAACCAGAGCCGUAUCUGAACGAAUGCUAAUGGUUGCGUAACACUAGUAUAAAGAAUUAAAGAUAUACAUUGUGUAAAAUUUUAAGGAGUAUUGUUUGCAUAAAAGUCCUUAGAGUAUGUAAUGUAAUAAAGGCAUCACAUUUAGCUUA